UGGCGAGUCUGGUGUUGGUAAUGGCUCUUUGAGAUCAGCAUUUCGUCUAAAUCAACAACGUACCAUGGAUCCGAUCGCCUUUGGGAACAUCCUUCCUCAACAGCAAUCGACCAAACAUCCUGCCGUUACUCGACGUCAAUCAUCCAAUAUGAAUGCUAAUGAAAAAUCGAAAUCUACGAGGGAUAAAAAUCGUCGAUUCAAGAAGAAUCGUUCUUCAAAAGUUCCCAAACAUCAACCAAAUAAGAAUCUUACGGCUAACGCCAGUAUGAAAAAGAAUGCAAGUACUCACCCAUCAGCCAUGUUCUCAAUGCAACAGGAGCGCCAGUAUCAAGCUAAAAAUAUAAAUCAACGACAAGUAGUGCAACCCUUGUUCCCAAUCCCGCCAAAUAAACUAUAUAUUUUCAUGAAAAAAAUCGGAACAGUUGAUCGACAUUUCUCGGAUAUAUCACUUAAGGUGGAGCAUAGCACAUUUAAACAACAUUAUCACCUAAACGCGAUCAAUAUCGCACGCUCACCAUUUAUAUACGAUGCGCUAAACAAUUCUUCGUCAGAUGAAAUCACUCUAUUCCUGGAUGUUGCGAAUAUAACCCCAGAAGCGAUUAGGAUAUGUUUCGCCCAUAUGAUCGAGCCUUCGCUUCAUCGGAUCAACCCAAGCAAUGCGAGAAAUGUUUUUGCAGCCGCAUAUUACCUAGGAACGAAAGAUAUCUGCGCCUGGUCCUUGGAGAUUAUGAAAAAAGAUAUUAAUCAAAAGACGGUCAUCUCCUAUGUCGAAUUCUUUAAAGAGCAUUAUCAAGAAUAUGCUGUGCCAAUCGAGGAUUCCUGUUAUGCGUUUCUCGUCAGAAAACUUCCAAGGGUGUUCCAGGCUUUCAAGUCUAACACCAAUAACACGAAUCAUCUCCACGAAGGACAGAAUGUUUGCAAAUUGCAGUCCGGUAGUGGUUUCUGCCAUAAUCAUGGUUAUCAAGAACUUUUAAACAUCUAUGCCCAACUUCCGUUUACUUGGGUGAAGCGAAUUUUGGAAUCGAAAAAUCUUGAUGUGACCAGCAAUAUGCGAUAUAAAUUCGCGAAAGAUCUCAUCGCUAAACGACUAGAACAUAAAACCGCAAACAACAGUGAAUUCGUUUACCUGACAUUUGGGACCCAACAUUACCAAAAUAUCACGCUCGUAGAAAAACCACGAGAUCUACAAAAAGGAUCUCGGCGCGUCUUAUUUAAGGUCCCUAACCGAAA